AUGGGGGGCGAUCUCAACACUGCUCUUGAUGGUCAUCUAGACACCACCUCUUCAUCUCAAAACUACCAAUCACAAACACGAACUCUUAUCAAAAAUACAUUGUACGAAGCCAGGCUCUAUGACAGUUGGAGGGCUAUUCACCCCACAAAAAAAGAUUAUUCCUUUUAUUCCACAGCCUCUGGUACUUAUUCACGCAUAGACACGUUUCUAAUACAACACAGGUUUUUACCCUUAAUACACUCAGCAUGCUAUGGCCCGAUCACUUGGUCGGACCAUGCAGCACUGACAUUGACUCUCUCCAUUCCGACCCUACCCACUCAAUUUACUCAGUGGAAAUUAAACGACUUGAUACUCAACGAUAGAGGAACCCUGGCCAAACUAAGGGAGACAGCGUCUAACUAUUUCAAAGAAAAUACCAACCUAGACACAACUCCUAUCAUGACUUGGGAGGCUCACAAGGCG